CUAACCUAACCUAACCUAACCUAACUAAACCUAACCUAACCUAACCUGACCUGACCUGACCUAACCUAACCUAACCUAACCUAACGUGACCUAACCUAACCUAACGUGACCUAACCUAACCUAACCUAACCUAACCUAACCUAACCUAACCUAACCUGACCUGACCUAACCUGACCUAGCCUCACUUCCCUGCCACACACACCUGAGCUGCCCUAAGGUAACCUGACGCUUGCCUCACCUGCACAGGCGCGGCCAUGAACCAGCUGUGUCGCGUGUGUGGUGAGGCGGCCGCUGGCUUCCACUUCGGCGCCUUCACCUGCGAGGGAUGCAAGUCUUUCUUCGGGCGCACGUACAACAACGCUGGGUCGCUGGGGCACUGCAAGAACGGCGGCCGCUGUGUCAUCACCAAGAAGAACAGAACCUCCUGCAAAGCCUGUCGCCUCACCAAGUGUCUGGCGGCGGGCAUGAGCAAGUCUGGAUCCAGAUACGGGCGUAGAUCAAACUGGUUCAAGAUACACUGUCUUCUGCAGGACACAGGAGACAGGUGGAGGGGUGAGGGGGUGAAGGAAGCCCCCCACAAGACCCCCGAGCAGUCCCCCCACCCGUCACCCCGCCAGAAUACCCCUUUGAGCACCCCAGAGUCAAAUAUUUCAGAAAACUCAAUUGACAUCACCCCAGUUUUCACCCCAGCUAAUCCUCUCCUCCCCAGCUCCUCUCUCCCUGCCUUCCUCCUCCCCGGCCUCACCCCACACCCCUCCUUCCUCCUCGCAGGGUGUCCGGGGUGGAGUGACUGGGGUGUGGGUAAGUCUUGUCUUCCCCCACACCCUAGUCCCUUGUUUUUCUAUCGUUCCCUCACCCCUCCCCACCCCUCCUCACCCCUACUGGAUAUUGCAUCACCCCUGCCAGAUGAAGCAUGUCACCCCUUCACCCCAGCACACUCCAGUUCGCCUCUUCUGGAUGUUUCUUCACCCCCAUCGUCGGAACCUCGAACUUUCACCCCUGUACACCCCAGCACACCCCCUUUGGAUGACCUUUCACCCCCACCGUCCAAAAAAUCUCGUUCUCUCACCCCUUUAAGCCCUAAGACACCCCUACUGGACAUCACGUCACCCCUGGCAGCUAAACAGCAUCACCCCAAAGCCAUCCAUGACACAUCACCCCUGCUGGUUAAAUAUUUUCACCCCUACACGCCAGCACAUCGCAAAACACCCCUUCUUGACCGUCUUUCACCCCUGCCAGCUAAAGAUUUUCACUCCUUCACCCCAACUGACCCUAGUCUCGCAUUUGUCACCCCUCCCUCACCCCAGUCUUCUAAAUCAACAUUACAUCUCACCCCAUCUCACCUCAUUGAAGCGACAGGUAUUCCCUCUCUCUCUCACCCCCCCUAUUCCUCUCCCCGCUUCUCCUCACCCCUCCCAGUCGAUCUCUCUGUUAGGGGGCUCCUCUCCCCGUCACCCCUGCUCACCCCACUUGACUUAUCUCUUAAAGGAAAGGAAAGGAAGGGAGGAGAAGAGGAUGAUAGGUCUUCUUCUUCUUCUUCUUCUUCUUCUUCUUCUUCUUCUUCUUCUUCUUCUUCUUCUUCUUCCUUCUUCUUCUUCCUUCUCUUUUAA